AUGUCGAUGCCUCGGCCGGUAUCUCCAGCCCGAGUGUCAACGAGCCUGCAUCUCCAGGGUCUCACGCCUCACGACCAUCAGUCCCACGUCCUUACCGGUGCCCCGCUGUUGCCUCUGAAGCAAGAAGUCAAGGACGAAGAGAUUGAUUACAAGAUCAAGCAGGAAGAACUUGAGUAUGAAAUUAAGGAAGAAGAUCAUGACGCCCCUCUGCAGGGGGCCGAGUUUCCCGUACUGGCAUACGGCACUCAGGAUUGGGCGCCUGUCCCACAAAGCGUCACGUCCAGAUUGCCUCCGCCGGCUACUCUGUCAAGGAUCAUCCCUAACUAUGAAACCUUUGACCACUGGCUGCUCGAAUGGCAGCACAAGCCCGUCACCGGUGAAGAUGACGACCGUCUCCGCCGACUUCGCCGUGACGCGAGGCUUUUGGCCGCGCUACGGGAAUGCCGCGCGGAAUAUUUGGACCAGCACAGACGCCUGCAGGACGUGCGUGCCCUAGCCAUUCAGACGCUGAGGUCGCCUUUUAUUCGCCAUCUCAGUCGUUCCCAAGGCGUCGAUUUGCGGGUAUCGGUAGAGACACCGAGUGAUGUGAACCUGCUGGCAAGCAGUCACGCGAAGGACCGUGAUCCACUUCCCAAUCCAUCGCGAAGCAUAUCGACAUCGGAUAUGUCGUUGACGGAUGAAGACUACGGUUCCUCUUCUUACUCUUCGGACGACAUGGAGGAUAGCUCUGAGGAGAGCGAACAGGAGUUUCGUACGGGCAGAAAACGGCGUCACGACGAAGUUGAUUAA